GGAUGUUGGAUGAUGGGAAUUAUAUUCAAUUUUUAUUACAAACCACCACAUGUGACCACAACAAUUUUUAAUGUUUUUAUCAUUUAAAUUAAACUAAAUAAAAUUACAUUACCUUGACUUAUUCAAUCUAUUCUGAUUAGGCGCAAUGGCUUUCAAAGGAGGAGAGUAUGAAUGUCACAGUCAAUCCAGUCCAGUCCAGAUUCAGCUAGACAACUUGGAUGGUGAAGGUUGAGACAACCCAAGAUCAAUGACACAGUCAGAACAUCAAGGAUCAGACUGCUUGGAUGGUCAAGGACAAGACAACCUAAGGAUAAUGGCACAUUCACAACAUCAAGGACCAGACUGCUUGGAUGGUCAAGGACGAGACAACCUAAGGACAAUGGCACAUUCACAACAUCAAGGACCAGACAUGGGCAUCUGUAAUUGGCCAACCUAUAGUAAAGAACAAGCUGAAGACACUUCUUUAGAAAACAAUUAUCAAAAAUAUCCAUUUGAAUUUAUAGUUGUCAAGCCAGAGAUACAGAUUGAAGAAGAAGAACAUCAACAACAUGAAGAAACAAUGAAUGAAGAAGAAAUUCAGCAAGAAAAUGAUACAGAUAUACAGAUUGAAAACAAAUAUUCUUAUUCAAAAGAUAGACUGAACUGUGACCCCUUUAUAGCUGAACACUUGAUAGUUGAAAAUGGAGAAGAAUCAUAUUAUGAAACUCAUCAUUCAGAUACAUUUGUGCAGAAUGAAGAUCAUUCCUCUGAUACAUUAUUUGCAAAUUCUGAAAGUAUAAAAAUAUCAUCAGGACUGUGUGUAUCAAACUCUGUAGAACAAGGCGGUUCCAGCUCCAUCAGUAGGUCUGUUAAAGAGACUCUUGGAAACACUUUGAUGAAUGAUUCUGAUGAAGAUUACAAUGAGGUAGACCUAUUAAUUAAAAAUGCACGAAAAAAUGUGAUUGAUGCAGCAAGUGGUAGUAAAUUAGCUGAAUGUGAGUUGUGUAGUGAAGCAUUCAGCAACAUCAGAGAAUUUAAUCUUCAUUGUAGAGUACACACCGGUGGGAAACAACAUAAGUGCAAAUACUGUAACUACAAAACAAUAAAUAAAUCAGAUCUCACCAAACAUUCAAGGAUUCACACUGGAGAAAGACCCUACAGCUGUAAUUUCUGUGACUACAAAACAGUAGAAAAAUCAUCUCUCACCAAACACUCAAGGACUCACACUGGGGAAAGGCCAUUCAGCUGUGAUUCAUGUGACUACAAAGCAACACUGAAAUCAGCUCUCACCAGACAUCUGAUGACUCAUACUGGAGAAAAACCCUACAGCUGUGAUUUCUGUGACUACAAAGCUACACAGAAAUCUGGUCUCAAUAGACAUCAGAGAAUUCACACUGGAGAAAGACCCUACAGUUGUGAUUUCUGUGACUACAAAACAACAGAUAAAUCCACUCUUACCAGACAUAUAAGGACUCACACUGAAGAAAGACCCUACAGCUGUGAUUUCUGUGACUACAAAGCUACACGGAAAUCUGGUCUCAACAUACAUCAGAGAAUUCACACUGGAGAAAGACCCUUCAGCUGUGAUUUAUGUGACUACAAAACAACGCAGAAAGCAAAUCUAAACAAACAUGUAAGGAAACACACUUCCAAAAAACCCUGAAAUUCAAUCUUCCCGUAAAAAACUUCUUACAAUCCAAAACAAAAUUCAAAUACUAAAAAUAAUUACAUGAUUUCAAAUUAAAACUAAGGUCCCUUUCUCACAACAACAGGCCAACUCUCAACCGUCCACUAACAUCAAAAAUAAAUAGAUCAAUUAUUAUUCACAUACAAACUCUAUCAAUCAGAAAUCAAUCUCAGCCAUAAUACUUCAAGAAAGUUGAAAAAUGUCAAUGUCUUUCCCUCUUUAUCAUCUGUGUGAUUCAUCAAUCUUUCAUCUGUAUUAAUUGCUUUAAAUUUAGCUAAAUCACUGUACCUACUCCUAAAUAAUUCCAGAUUUGUUUUUCUGAUCAGUACUAGUUGUAUUCAUAUUUUUUGAAUAUUUGUGUAAUAAAUUAUAAUAGUUAUCAAACAAAACUAAACAUUCAUUGAUGUAUUUUCUAUGUAUAUUAAAUUAUCCAUUAACUUCUAUAAAUGAAACAUCAUAAAAUGUCUUUCCAAAUAAAUUAUCCUGUUUAUUACAUUUAAUUUGAAAACACUUUUGAAUCAGUGCCAUCUCCAGACUUUCUUCUAGUAAUCUCAAUUAUUAUAAUAAUCCUUUUAGCAUUAAGGUGUUAGAUUUGUCUACAUACAUUUUUGGUGAAUUAUUUCAAGAAUGAGUGUCAGACUAGUAUCUCAUUAAGAUAGAUGAAAGUACAAAAUUAAGAGACCUCGAACCAGUUCAGUUUCAGGUAGACCUGCAAGUUAUUAUUUAAGGAAACAUAUUUAGCUUAGAAGAUAAGAUUCAAUACUUCAUUGACUUCUAUAACUCUUGUUUGAAGUAAUAUUAGUACUCAAUUUUUUUGUAAUAAAUAAUUU